UCCAUCAUCUCUCAGCUGUUGUGUUAAAUAUCAAUGUUCAUAUUUGCAAGCGAUUUACAUCGUUUUCAGUUAUUUUCUCCUGUUUUUCGUUAUAUUAUCGCGCGUAAAAUGAAUAAAUCACUUAAGCAGUGUUUCAUUAAGCCAUUACUUGAACGGCACCCGGCGAUUCAAAUCGAUACUGAACGUAAAAUUAUCGGACGUAGCCCGGAAACACUUAUUCAAGAUCCUUGCUGUUCGCGCCAACAAGUAUGCUUGAAAGCCAAUUUUAAGGGAGGAUUUGUGCUAGUGAAAAGUCUGGGAUCAAAUCCCUCAGUAUUGAACGGAAAGCAACUGGAGAAAAAUAUGUGUUACGAAGCAUACGACGGGGACAUUUUAGAACUACUUCCUGGACAGCAUCAAUACACUUUUGUCUUCAAAUUUGAGGAGAACCCCGAAGAUAAGCAUACUAAAAGUAAAGAUAAGACAGUUGAUAAGAAGCAGCACAAUGGCAAAGAAAAGGAUAAACGAGAAUCUCACAAACGAAGUUUGUCAAAAUCUGAUGUCAGGGACGAAACCGAAUCUCGAACAAAGAAAAAGAAAGACGAACAGCCUCAAAAGGACAAGAGCUUAAGUCGAACGACUAGCACCGAUAAAGAUGAAAGCAAGAAAACUCCAGUUCCGGCUGUGAACAACAAAUGGGAAGACAUUGACUCUAAACUUUUAUACAUUUUCACCAGCAAGGAUGUCGUUGCUUCCGACAAAAUUGCAGCUUAUGACCUGGACGGAACCCUAAUCAAGACUAAGUCCGGAAAUGUGUUUCCCAAGACAAUUGAUGAUUGGCAGAUUGCAUUUCCGGAGGUACCCGGAAAGUUGAAAUCACUCCACAAAAAUGGGUUCAAAAUUGUACUCUUCACGAAUCAAGCUGGUAUUUCCAAAGGGAAACUGAAGAUUGAAGAUUUUAAGCAAAAGAUGGAAUCGAUUCAAGUGAAGCUGAACGUACCAUUCCAAGCAUUCGUAUCUACGGGUAAGGGUAAAUAUCGCAAACCAUUACCCGGUAUGUGGGACACACUUUGUCAGUUGAAAAACGAUGGUAUUAAGCCGGAUAAGGCACGAAGUUUUUACGUUGGAGAUGCCGCCGGUCGUCCCGAGCAGAAGAAACCCAUCAAACGGAAGAAAGACUUCUCUUGCGGAGAUCGCUUGAUGGCUAUAAACAUAGGGAUACCAUUUUUCAUUCCAGAAGUCCAUUUCCAAAAUGCCAAAGAUCAUGAAUGGACGAAACCUGAAUUCAAUCCAAAAGAGGCCCUGCAAUGUAGUGAACUGCUGUCACCAGCUGGGAGUAAAUUAAUUUCGUCCCAACCGGAAGUGAUAAUCAUGGUUGGCUUUCCCGGUUCCGGGAAGAGUCAUUUUGUUAAAACCCAUCUGGAACCAAAAGGUUACGUUUCAAUCAAUCGCGAUACCUUGGGGUCGUGGCAGAAAUGUGCCUCGCUGCUUGAGACGACUUUGCACAGUGGAAAACGCGCUGUUGUGGACAAUACCAAUGCAGAUAUUGAUAGCAGGAAACGUUUCGUCGAUAUUGCGAAGAAGAAGAAGGUGCCCUGCAGGUGUUUCAAAAUGAGCGCCAGCUAUAAACAAGCCAAGCAUAACAACACAUUUCGGGAGCUUACAAACCGGAAUCAUGCUACGAUCAAUGAGAUGGUUUUCAAUAUGUACAAGUCAAAAUAUCAAGAGCCAUCUUUGGAGGAAGGUUACGAUGAAAUCGUUCUGGUUAAUUUCCGACCGAAAUUCGAAUCAUCUGCGGAUGAGAAAUUGUACAAAAUGUAUUUGUUAGAGAAUUAAGUUAUUAAAAAUAAUCAUGCUUUCGAUGAAAGACGUGAUACUUUCUGAUAUUCCUUGA